GUAUUCUAACAUAUUUUAUUUUCUCUCCAUUUUUUUUUUUUUUUUUAAUAGUUGCAGCCAUGAAGACUAUACUGGCAUCCAGAUUUGUGGAAAUCCCUGAGAAUAUUGAGGUCACAAUCAAGGCCCGCCUUGUCACGGUCAAGGGGCCACGCGGGACCUUGGUCAGGAACUUCAAGCACCUCAGUGUGGAGCUCAUGAGGAUCAGCAAGAAGAAGAUCAGAGUGAACAAGUGGUUCGGGACCCGCAAGGAGCUAUCAUGUGUCCGCACUGUAUGCACCCACAUUGAGAACAUGAUCAAAGGUGUCACAAUGGGUUUCAAGUACAAGAUGCGUUGUGUGUACGCUCAUUUCCCCAUCAACUGCGCCAUCCAAGAUGACAACAAGCUCCUUGAAGUGCGAAACUUUCUCGGCGAGAAGUUCAUCCGCCGCGUCUACAUGAAGGACGGCGUUAAGUGCACGAUGUCCUCUAAGAUGAAGGAUGAGCUGAUCAUUGAGGGGAACGAUAUCGAGCUGGUGUCACAGUCAGCUGCCUUGAUCCAACAGUCGACCACAGUCAAGAACAAGGACAUCAGAAAGUUUCUUGAUGGCAUCUACGUCUCAGAGAAGACCACCAUUGAAGAAGUAGCCCAGCAGUAAAUACAACUUCAAACUCUUCAUACAAUCCAACCUGCCUGCAACACACACACACACACACAAAGUGGAUACUAUCUAUAGGAUGAUACCAAUCGAAGGACCCAGGAAUGCCACAAGAAGCUUCAGUAAGGUGGAGAACCAAGAUUGCAGAUUUUUUUCUGAGUCUUAACAUCUGAGAGAAGAACCUUGGUUUGAAUUUCUUGUGAAUCUGGAAAUAAUCCUGAAAAUUGGUGGACAGACUUGGGCAUCAUCGUUUUCACUGUGGACUGAUGAUUGAAAUGUGGGAAUUGUUUAUAUUAUUGCCUUUCAUUGAAUAAACAAGAUGUGAAAGGAAAAUAA